AUGUCUGACCGCAAGGAACCCACAGUGGCCACCCCAGUGGCCAGCCCGGCUGCGACUGGCCCAGCUCCUAUUGAUUCGGCACCAGAGACAACAGCAAGCACAACGGUACCAGCAGCUGAUACUGUCACGGCCAUCCCUGAGACAAGUCCUCCCCAAUAUGAACAAAACCCCAGAGAUGUGAUCGCACCAGCACCAGCAGUGACCUCUAACACCGCAGACUACAACACACUGGGUCCUGUACCAGAGAAGAUAGCACCGGCUGCAGUCACUCCGAAUAUUAUCCCCCUCAAUCAGUUGGGCGAGGCGCCAGGAUACGUGAACUGUCCAUUUUGCUUCCACAAUGCCAUGACUAGAGUCGACAAAACGAGCACCAGUUCCACAUCUAUGGCUGCCGUUUGUUGUUGUCUCUUCGGUGGCAUCAUCUGCGCCUUUUUGCCCUACUGCAUGGAGAUGUGCCACGAUUGCCACCACUUCUGUGGAAACUGCAACAACAAAAUCGCAAUCUUUCCAGAUGAAGGCACAGUGCAGGUCUUCACGCCGGCCAACCCUGCCCCGGGUCAGGGUCAGGGUCCUGUCCACACAGCCCCCGCGCCCGUUGAACCUCCACAGGCACAGCCAGUCAUGAAGAACUAG